ACAAUGCCAUCUCAAGAACGCCAUUCGUUCCUGGACUGGAUCCGGCUGAAGCAUUACCAGUUCCUUACCACAUUUGGGCUAUACAUGAUGACUCCCAGAGAGAGACUCCUCUUCCGUACGUUCCCCCUUCUUUCUCCAGAUCCGGAUCACGCGCACCGCACUGGACUGCACUGGACUGGACUUUUAGGAGUUCUGGGCGUGCGCGCUAUACAAAAGAGUUGCCUCAAAAGCAAGAAAACUUUCUGAUUGGAAUUUCUGGUUAAUGAAUCUACUGAAUAGAUGUCUUCUUCGUGCUCUUCAUAUCCCUCGUGCUCAUCGGCUUCUCGGUCUAUCUCCCUGAGCGCGUCGUCAUGAUUGCAAAUCGGGCUUGGUUCUACUAUGCGGGCGACGAAGCGGCUG